ACAGGGGGGGGAAAGAAACCCAGCAGAGAGCAGCAGCCGGCAGGGACACGAAGACGACAGACAGGGGGGGGGAAAGAACCAGCAGAGAGCAGCACCGCAGGGACACGAAGACGACAGACGGGGGGGAAAAGAAACCAGCAGAGAGCAGCAGCCGGCAGGGACACGAAGACGACAGACAGGGGGGGGGAAAGAAAAACAGCAGAGAGCAGCAGCCGGCAGGGACACGAAGACGACAGACAGGGGGGGGGGAAAGAAACCCAGCAGAGAGCAGCAGCCGGCAGGGACACGAAGACGAAGACAGGGGGGGGGGAAAGAAAACCAGCAGAGCAGCAGCCGGCAGGGACACGAAGACGACACACAGGGGGGGGGAAAGAAACCCAGCAGAGAGCAGCAGCCGGCAGGGACACGAAGACUACAGACAGGGGGGGGGAAGAAACCCAGCAGAGAGCAGCAGCCGGCAGGGACACGAAGACACAGACAGGGGGGGGAAAGAAACCCAGCAGAGAGCAGCAGCCGGCAGGGACACGAAGACGACAGACAGGGGGGGGAAAGAAACCCAGCAGAGAGCAGCAGCCGGCAGGGACACGAAGACGACAGACAGGGGGGGGAAAGAAAACCAGCAGAGAGCAGCAGCCGGCAGGGACACGAAGACGACAGACGGGGGGGGGAAAGAAAACCAGCAGAGAGCAGCAGCCGGCAGGGACACGAAGACGACAGACAGGGGGGGGGAAGAAACCAGCAGAGAGCAGCAGCCGGCAGGGACACGAAGACACAGACAGGGGGGGGGAAAGAAACCCAGCAGAGAGCAGCAGCCGGCAGGGACACGACGACAGACAGGGGGGGGAAAGAAACCAGCAGAGAGCAGCGGCCGGCAGGGACACGAAGACGACAGACAGGGGGGGAAAGAACCCAGCAGAGAGCAGCACCGGCAGGGACACGAAGAGACAGACAGGGGGGGGGAAGAAAACCAGCAGAGAGCAGCAGCCGGCAGGGACACGAAGACAGACAGGGGUGGGGGAAAGAAACCCAGCAGAAGCAGCAGCCGGCAGGGACACGAGACGACAGACAGGGGGGGGAAAGAAAACCAGCAGAGAGGCAGCAGCCGGCAGGGACACGAAGACGACAGACAGGGGGGGGGGAAAGAACCCCAGCAGAGAGCAGCAGCCGGCAGGGACACGAAGACCAGACAGGGGGGGGGAAAAAGAAAAACCAGCAGAGGCAGCAGCCGGCAGGGACACAAGACGACAGACAGGGGGGGGAAAAAACCAGCAGAGAGCAGCAGCCGGCAGGGACACGAAGACACGACAGGGGGGGGGGGAAAAAAACCAGCAGAGAGCAGCAGCCGGCAGGGACACGAAGAAGACAGACAGGGGGGGGGAAAGAAACCCAGCAAGAGCAGCAGCCGGCAGGGACACGACGACACAGACAGGGGGGGGGAAAGAAACCCAGCAGGAGCAGCAGCCGGCAGGGACACGAAGACGACAGACAGGGGGGGGGAAAGAAACCCAGCAAGAGCAGCAGCCGGCAGGGACACGAAGACGAGACAGGGGGGGGGAAAGAAACCAGCAGAGAGCAGCAGCCGGCAGGGACACGAAGACGACAGACAGGGGGGGAAAGAAAACCAGCAGAGAGCAGCAGCCGAAACCAGCAGAGAGCAGCAGCAGCCGGCAGGGACACGAAGACGACAGACAGGGGGGGGGAAGAAACCCAGCAGAGAGCAGCAGCCGCAGGGACACGAAGACGACAGACAGGGGGGGGGAAAGAAACCCAGCAGAGAGCAGCAGCCGGCAGGGACACGAAGACGACAGACGGGGGGGGAAAGAAACCCAGCAGAGAGCAGCAGCCGGCAGGGACACGAAGACGACAGACAGGGGGGGGGAAAGAAACCAGCAGAGAGGCAGCAGCCGGCAGGGACACGAAGACGACAGACAGGGGGGGGGGGAAAAACGAAACCAGCAGAGAGCAGCAGCCGGCAGGGACACGAAGACGACAGAAAGGGGGGGGAAAGAAAACCAGAAGAGCAGCAGCCGGCAGGGACACGAAGACGACAGACAGGGGGGGGGAAAGAACCCAGCAGAGCAGCAGCCGGCAGGGACACGAAGACGACAGACAGGGGGGGGGAAAGAAACCAGCAGAGAGCAGCAGCCGGCAGGGACACGAAGACGACAGAGGGGGGGGAAAGAAACCCAGCAGAGAGCAGCAGCCGGCAGGGACACGAAGACGACAGACAGGGGGGGGGAAGAAACCCAGCAGAGAGCAGCAGCCGGCAGGGACACGAAGACGAAGACAGGGGGGGGAAAGAAACCCAGCAGAGAGCAGCAAGCCGGCAGGACACGAAGACGACAGACAGGGGGGGAAAGAAACCCAGCAGAGAGCAGCAGCCGGCAGGGACACGAAGACGACAGACAGGGGGGGGGAAAAACCCAGCAGAGAGCAGCAGCCGGCAGGGACACGAAGACGACAGACAGGGGGGGGAAAGAAACCCAGCAGAUAGAGCAGCAGCAGGGCAGGGACACGAAGACGACAGACAGGGGGGGGGAAAGAACCCAGCAGAGAGCAGCAGCCGGCAGGGACACGAAGACGACAGACAGGGGGGGGGAAAGAACCCAGCAGAGAGCAGCAGCCGGCAGGGACACGAAGACGACAGACAGGGGGGGGGAAAGAAACCCAGCAGAGCAGCAGCCGGCAGGGACACGAAGAGGAAAGACAGGGGGGGGAAAAAAGAAACCCAGCAAGAGGCAGCAGCCGGCAGGGACACGAAGACGACAGACAGGGGGGGGGGAAAGAACCAGCAGAGAGCAGCAGCCGCAGGACACGAAGACGACGACAGGGGGGGAAAGAACCCAGCAGAGCCAGCAGCCGGCAGGGACACGAAGACGACAGACAGGGGGGGGAAAGAAACCCAGCAGAGAGCAGCAGCCGGCAGGGACACGAAGACGACAGACAGGGGGGGGGGGAAAGAAACCCAGCAGAAUACGCAGCCAAGCCGGCAGGGACACUAA